AUGAAGUUAAUAACACAUAAUAUGCUUACAUCAAAUAUUCUUAAAGGAGUAACAAAAGGUUUUCCAUUAAAAAUUAAAGCUGAUAAAGUAGAACAUAUAUCUGUGGAUUAUAAUCGUGAUUUUGUAGCUCGUAUUAUACCACGUAUUGAAUAUGAUGCAUUACGAGCAGCUGUUAAUGAUCUUGGUUUGAAUGAAUCAUUACCAGAGACAAUAUCAGAAAAUUUGCAACAAGAUGAUGAAUUUCUUAAGAUAAUGCAUAGAGUUUUACUUGAAUAUGAAGUUGAAGAAGGUGAACUUAUUUGUCCGGAAACUGGUAGAAAAUUUCCAAUUUCAAAAGGUAUUCCGAAUAUGUUAUUACAAGAAACUGAAGUAUCUUAA